GGUGCUUCCACUUCAGCCACAGAAGACUUUGGCCAUCGGGCAAAACGUGCCAGAGUGUCAGGAAAGUCUCAAGAUUUACCAGGUAAAAGAAUACUUUCAUCUUAGUCUAUUUCUGUUGAAUUUAGAUGUAUUAGAAUCACUGUCCUGUCACUUCUCACCUUUGGCUAAUCUUCCAAAAAUCUUUAAAAGAGAACAAUGACAUACACAGUACAAUAAAACCAACAACAAAGGUUUUGGAGAGUUGUUGAAGUUGUUGGUUAACAUGUUAUGACAAUUGGAGGUUAGAAAUGGCCCUUUCUCUGUUGGACCUUGUUUCUGUCCAGCUCGUUAUUAUUUUGGAUGUGUGUGAACCUCCUCCAUGAAUAAAGUGUCCAUCUCAUUGUUCACCACUAGCAGCGCCGGCGGAGCACUACCUCCAGGAGAAGCUGCCAGACGAGGUGGUUCUGAAGAUCUUCUCCUACCUUUUGGAGCAGGACCUGUGUCGCGCAGCAUGUGUCUGCAAACGCUUCAGCGAACUGGCCAAUGAUCCCAUCCUCUGGUGAGUGGCUGUUUGGCUGUCCCUGUGUCUCUGUCUGUUUGUGUCUGGAUGGUGAGACAUUGUCUGUCGUUCCGUCUCUGUUGUUCCGUCAGUCUGGAUGGACAUCCCCAUUCAAGUCCCUCCCGCAUCCCUUUCCCUCCCGCACCACUCAGCUAAUCAGCAGUUUGAGCAAGCCGAUGCACAGAAUCUAAUCUUGAUCACAUAGUGAGUUGUCAAUUUGGGAUGCAAGGUGAUUCGUAGAUCAGUGAUUCUGCACAGUCUGGAACACGCACCAUGUCUUUCCCUCCUGCCCCCCCCACCGAGUGUUAUCGCGUAAAGUAACCCGGUCUGAUGGUGUCUGUGUGCCUUGCUUUGCUUCACAGGAAGAGGCUGUACAUGGAGGUGUUUGAGUACACACGUCCCAUGAUGCACCCUGAGGCGGGGAAGUUCUUCCAGAUUAACCCAGAGGAGUACGAGCAGCCCAACCCGUGGAAAGAGAGCUUUCAGCAGCUGGUAGGACUAUGACCAAUGACCUCUAUACCCUCUACUGUCGUCACUGUUACCUCUCACCUCUGAUCUCAGGAGAGUGAUGGUUUACAAACUGUUACCUCUGACCUCUACCCUCACUGUCGUCACUAUUACCUCUCACCUCAGACCUCUGUAAACCCUCACUAUCCUCUUAGCUGUUACUCUCUGACCUCUGUAAACCCACACUAUCCUCUUAGCUGUUACUCUCUGACCUCUGUAAACCCACACUAUCCUCUUAGCUGUUACUCACUGACCUCUGUAAACCCUCACUAUCCUCUUAGCUGUUACUCUCUGACCUCUGUAAACCCACACUAUCCUCUUAGCUGUUACUCUCUGACCUCUGUAAACCCUCACUAUCCUCUUAGCUGUUACUCUCUGACCUCUGUAAACCCUCACUAUCCUCUUAGCUGUUACUCUCUGACCUCUGUAAACCCACACUAUCCUCUUAGCUGUUACUCUCUGACCUCUGUAAACCCACACUAUCCUCUUAGCUGUUACUCUCUGACCUCUGUAAACCCACACUAUCCUCUUAGCUGUUACUCUCUGACCUCUGUAAACCCACACUAUCCUCUUAGCUGUUACUCACUGACCUCUGUAAACCCUCACUAUCCUCUUAGCUGUUACUCUCUGACCUCUGUAAACCCUCACUAUCCUCUUAGCUGUUACUCUCUGACCUCUGUAAACCCUCACUAUCCUCUUAGCUGUUACUCUCUGACCUCUGUAAACCCUCACUAUCCUCUUAGCUGUUACUCUCUGACCUCUGUAAACCCUCACUAUCCUCUUAGCUGUUACUCUCGGACCUCUGUAAACCCUCACUGUCCUCUUAGCUGUUACUCUCUGACCCAUGUAAACCCUCACUGUCCUCUUAGCUGUUACUCUCUGACCUCUGUAAACCCACACUGUCCUCUUAGCUGUUACUCUCUGACCUCUGUAAACCCACACUAUCCUCUUAGCUGUUACUCUCUGACCUCUGUAAACCCACACUGUCCUCUUAGCUGUUACUCUCUGACCUCUGUAAACCCUCACUAUCCUCUUAGCUGUUACUCUCUGACCUCUGUAAACCCACACUAUCCUCUUAGCUGUUACUCUCUGACCUCUGUAAACCCACACUAUCCUCUUAGCUGUUACUCUCUGACCUCUGUAAACCCUCACUAUCCUCUUAGCUGUUACUCUCUGACCUCUGUAAACCCUCACUAUCCUCUUAGCUGUUACUCUCUGAGCUCUGUAAACCCUCACUAUCCUCUUAGCUGUUACUCUCUGACCUCUGUAAACCCACACUAUCCUCUUAGCUGUUACUCUCUGACCUCUGUAAACCCUCACUAUCCUCUUAGCUGUUACUCUCUGACCUCUGUAAACCCUCACUAUCCUCUUAGCUGUUACUCUCUGACCUCUGUAAACCCUCACUAUCCUCUUAGCUGUUACUCUCUGAUCUCUGUAAACCCUCACUAUCCUCUUAGCUGUUACUCUCUGACCUCUGUAAACCCUCACUAUCCUCUUAGCUGUUACUCUCUGACCUCUGUAAACCCUCACUAUCCUCUUAGCUGUUACUCUCUGACCUCGUUAAACCCUCACUAUCCUCUUAGCUGUUACUCUCUGACCUCUGUAAACCCUCACUAUCCUCUUAGCUGUUACUCUCUGACCUCUGUAAACCCUCACUGUCCUAACUGUUACUGUUACUCAACCAUAAACAGUGCAUUCAGAAAGUAUUCAGACCCCUUGACUUUUUCCACAUUUUGUUACAGCCUUAUUCUAAUAUGGAUGAAAUUGCUUUUUUCCCUCAUCAAUCUACACACAAUACCCCAUAAUGACAAAGUGAAAACAGGUUUUUAGAUAAAUAAAUAAAAAGUACUCCAAUCAAGUUGUAGAAACAUCUCAAGGAUGAUCAAUGGAAACAGGAUGCACCUGAGCUCAAUUUAGAGUCUCAAAGCAAAGGGUCUGAAUACUUAUGUAAACCUGUUUUUGCUUUGUCAUUAUGGAGUAUUGUGUGUAGAUUGAUGAGGACAAAAAAACAAUUUCAUCAAUUUUAGAAUAAGGCUAUAACAAAACGUGGAAAAAGUCAAGGGAUCUGAAUACUUUCUGAAUGCACUGUAGAUACUACCUCUGCUGCUAAAACAAACUGUCAAUAGCUUGUUCAGAAGUAUGCAUGUUAGAACAGUGUCCCAGUCAUUCUAAUUCUAUGGCGCAGGUAGUCCCAGUGGAGUCUAAUAUCACUUGAGAUUGCUGUGAUUCUAGAAGGAAUCCCACCAUAAGUGUUACUGUGCUAUAAUAACAAUGGCUAGAUUCGUUAUCUUUUUUUGUUUUCAGUAUAAAGGAGCACACGUGAAGACGGGCUUCGCGGAACACUUCUACAGUAAUCCUGCCAGAUACAAAGGAAGAGAGAACAUGCUUGUAAGAGUUUUUGGUUGUUUCAGAGAGUUUAAGGGCCAGUUUCCUUGACACAGAUUGAGCCUAGAGCUGGACUAAAAUGCACACUGAAUGAAUAAUCUCAAUUGAUAUAGGCCUAGCGUUUUAGAUUAGGACUAGGCUUCUUAAUCUGGGAAACUGGCCCAGAGUUCUGUUUGUUUUAAGGUUGUUAUCGAGUGAUUGGUCAUCAUGACUUGGCUCUAACACACUUCUCUGUGCUGCCUCUUCCUCAGUACUAUGACACCAUAGAAGAUGCCCUGGGGGGUGUACAGGAGGCCCACUUUGACGGCCUCAUAUUCGUCCACUCUGGGGUCUACACUGACGAGUGGAUCUACAUAGAGUCACCCAUCACAAUGAUCGGAGCUGGUACGUAUUCAUUAUUGAGUUGACUUACUGUCUGUUUGUUGUCUAUCUGUACCAUACUGUCUGUUUGUUGUCUAUCUGUACCAGUGGUUCCCAACCUUUUUUGGUACCACCAAAUGAAUUUUGCUCUGCCUGUAGGCCUAUGGUCUCAUGAGUCUCCUCAAGUACCCCCUGUGGAUAGGCCAAGUACCCACUCUGAGUUAUACCACUUGACCUAUUAACUAGGUUAAUUGAUUGUCAUUGCUGGACACUUUUAGCCCGAUGUUGUCUUUUUAACCUUGCCCUUUUAACCCUAACAACGUUAAUUUUUCAACAGCACCUGGUAAAGUAGCAGACAAAGUGAUCAUUGAGAACACCAGAGACUCCACGUUUGUCUUCAUGGAGGGCUCGGAGGACGCAUACGUUGGCUACAUGACCAUCAAGGUCAGAUAUUAUCCAUUACUUAUGUAAUAUGACUCUAGCCUAGCUGACUGUUUGUGUAUGCCUGAACUCUGUACAUGAGUGGUCCACAUCUCAUUGUAAAUACAGCUGGUCUAAAACAAAGGGAAGUCUUGACAUUAUAUCAGUUGUGGUUGUUAGUCAUAUGUUAUGAAUAUGACUCAUAUCUUAGUAAUAUAAUAUAUGCCAUUUAGCAGAAGCUUUUAUCCACUUUUAGCCUGACGUUAGUCAUAUCUUAGUAAUAUCUUAGUCAUGUAAUAAACUUGUCUAACUCCCUUAUGUUUGUCGUCCUUUAGUUUAAUCCUGAUGAUAAGUCUGCCCAGCACCACAACGCCCACCACUGCCUGGAGAUUACAGUCAACUGCAGCCCCAUCAUUGACCACUGCAUCAUACGCAGCACUUGCACAGGUACCUUACAACACAAUGUCUCCAUCUCUCCACAGACCUACAUGCCAUUCAUUAAGCAUAGUCUUAGCAACUCAGACCCACCUAGUGCAGUCUAAUUAUUGGGAAUUAAUUGAUUUUGUUAUUAUAGGGCCUUUUCAUUUUGGAUCGCAUUUUGACUCCCAAAUGCAUAAUAAUUAUCAUAGCUCAUAGGGUUCUACUCUUCAAAAUAAUUCUGGAGCUAUGCUAGCUAUUUUGACACAGUGUCUUCAACAUAUUCAAUUGAGACAUUGCGUGGGUAUCUGUCUGAGAAGUCUAACGUAGUUGAUACACCGGGCUCUAGCAUGUUCACCUGGCUGGCUCUACUCCUGUUUGUUUCAGUGGGCUCAGCGGUCUGUGUGAGUGGCCAGGGAGCUUGUCCCAGUAUCAGACACUGCAACAUCAGCGACUGUGAGAACGUGGGGCUUUACAUCACCGACCAUGCACAGGUAGGUAACGAACACACACGCACUGCUCUUUCCUUAUGGCACUUGAUUACUCAAAUCAUCCCAGUUCCAAGAUUCUGCUGUGAAACUGACACUCUCUGUGUUUCCAGGGAAUCUACGAGGACAACGAGAUCUCCAACAACGCACUGGCUGGAAUCUGGGUGAAAAACCACGGCAACCCCAUCAUCAGACGGAACCACAUCCACCACGGAAGAGAUGUGGGCGUCUUCACUUUCGACCACGGCAUGGUGAGAUGAUAUUUGUCUGGUCUCCAUUGGUCUGGUCUGGCUACCACCGAGAUGACACUCCAUAUUGGUCUGGUCUGGCUACCACCGAGAUGACACUCCAUAUUGGUCUGGUCUGGCUACCACUGAGAUGACACUCCAUAUUGGUCUGGUCUCUGGUCUGGCUACCACUGAGGCCAGCUCAGUGUCUACAGUAGUGACUUAAGGCACUAUCUCAAUUCAUCUCUUGCAUCGUCUCACCUCCUUCUCAACAGUAUUGCAGGAGAAAGUCCAAGGUCUCUCCCCUCUGACCUUCUUCUCCAAUGUGUUUUGAGAAGGAGCGGAUGCUAGGUAACAAGGAAAGAAUAAUUGAGGAAGAACCUUAGUCUCUACUGUAGACACUCAGCUGACUUAUCAAACUCAGUCUGCAGCCGUUUCUUGUUCUUAAAGAGAAGUGUUGGCUUGCAGUUUAAUCCAUGUGUAGGUUUUAGAGACCCACCACUGAUUUUAGUUACAUAAGCCUUAAUCCACAGCUUUUCCCUUUUAAAAACAUGUAAAUGUAUUCCUACUCACACUGUAGCUUGGUUACAUAAGGAUUGAGGCAAUUUUCUCAAGAGGAAAGAACAGUUUAACACCUUGCUCUUCUGAAACGUAUUAGAGAAGGUCCAAGGUUCCUCCCGUCUCACCUUCUCCAAUACUUUUGGGAAAGGAGGCGAGGAGAGAGGAUGCGACGAAUCGAGAAAAGAUUAAUUGAGAAAGAGCCUUGGCAUUCUGAUUAUUUUGACUGACUGUGACUGUCACCCCCUGCAGGGCUACUUUGAGAGCUGCAACAUCCACAGGAACCGCAUAGCUGGCUUCGAGGUGAAGGCGUACGCCAACCCCACGGUAGUGCGCUGUGAGAUCCACCAUGGGCAGACGGGAGGGAUCUACGUGCACGAGAAGGGCCGAGGACAGUUCAUCGAGAACAAGAUCUAUGCAAACAACUUUGCUGGAGUGUGGAUUACCUCCAAUAGUGAUCCUACAAUAAGGUCAGUGGGGUUUUACAGUCAAACACUUUCUCUCUUUCUCCUCUCUCUCUCCUCUCUUUCUCUCCCCCCCCCCUCUCUUUCCCUUUUUCUACUUCGCUCACUCUCUUUUUGUCUGUUAUAUAACCCAUAUUAAGUUGAAUUGAUUCUGAUGUGUAAAUGGAUACUCAAUUGUGAAAUUUUUCCACGUUGGGUCAAUCACAGGGGCAAUGCCAUCUUCAACGGUAACCAAGGCGGAGUUUACAUAUUCGGUGAUGGGCGAGGCCUCAUCGAGGGGAACGAUAUCUACGGUAACGCCUUGGCAGGGAUCCAGAUCAGGACAAACAGCUGCCCCAUCGUACGACACAACAAGAUCCACGACGGACAGCACGGGGGCAUCUAUGUGGUAAGUAGGGCUUUUUAGAACCUAUUUUAAAUGUGUAUUUUAAAAAUAACAUGUAGUCAAAUGUGUAGCAAAUACUUAUGAGACUUAUACAGUGAGGGAAAAAAGUAUUUGAUCCCCUGCUGAUUUUGUACGUUUGCCCACUGACAAAGAAAUGAUCAGUCUAUAAUUUUAAUGGUAGGUUUAUUUGAACAGUGAGAGACAGAAUAACAACAAAAAAUCCUGAAAAACGCAUGUCAAAAAUGUUAUAAAUUGAUUUGCAUUUUAAUGAGGGAAAUAAGUAGUUGACCCCCUCUCAAUCAGAAAGAUUUCUGGCUCCCAGGUGUCUUUUAUACAGGUAACGAGCUGAGCUGAGACACCUGUCCACAGAAGCAAUCAAUCAAUCAGAUUCCAAACUCUCCACAAUGGCCAAGACCAUUGGGCUCUCCAAGGAUGUCAGGGACAAGAUUGUAGACCUACACAAGGCUGGAAUGGGCUACAAGACCAUCGCCAAGCAGCUUGGUGAGAAGGUGACAACAGUUGGUGCGAUUAUUCGCAAAUGGAAGAAACACAAAAGAACUGUCAAUCUCCCUCGGCCUGGGGCUCCAUGCAAGAUCUCACCUUGUGGAGUUGCAAUGAUCAUGAGAACGGUGAGGAAUCAGCCCAGAAUUACACAGGAGGAUCUUGUCAAUGAUCUCAAGGCAGCUGGGACCAUAGUCACCAAGAAAACAAUUGGUAACACACUACGCCGAGAAGGACUGAAAUCCUGCAGCGCCCGCAAGGUCCCCCUGUUCAAGAAAGCACAUAUACAGGCCCGUCUGAAGUUUGCCAAUGAACAGAUGAAUGAUUCAGAGGAGAACUGGGUGAAAGUGUUGUGGUCAGAUGAGACCAAAAUCGAGCUCUUUGGCAUCAACUCAACUCGCCGUGUUUGGAGGAGGAGGAAUGUUGCCUAUGACCCCAAGAACACCAUCCCCACCGUCAAACAUGGAGAUGGAAACAUUAUGCUUUGGGGGUGUUUUUCUGCUAAGGGGACAGGACAACUUCACCGCAUCAAAGGGACGAUGGACGGCGCCAUGUACCGUCAAAUCUUGGGUGAGAACCUCGUUCCCUCAGCCAGGGCAUUGAAAAUGGGUCGUGGAUGGGUAUUCCAGCAUGACAAUGACCCAAAACACACAGCCAAGGCAACAAAGGAGUGGCUCAAUAAGCACAUUAAGGUCCUGGAGUGGCCUAGCCAGUCUCCAGACCUUAAUCCCAUAGAAAAUCUGUGGAGGGAGCUGAAGGAGUUGCCAAACGUCAGCCUCGAAACCUUAAUGACUUGGAGAAGAUCUGCAAAGAGGAGUGGGACAAAAUCCCUCCUGAGAUGUGUGCAAACCUUGUGGCCAACUACAAGAAACGUCUGACCUCUGUGAUUGCCAACAAGGGUUUUGCCACCAAGUACUAAGUCAUGUUUUGCAGAGGGGUGAAAUACUUAUUUCCCUCAUUAAAAUGCAAAUCAAUUUAUAACAUUUUUGACAUGCGUUUUUCUGGAUUUUUAUUGUUGUUAUUCUGUCUCUCACUGUUCAAAUAAACCUACCAUUAAAAUGAUAGACUGAUCAUGUAUUUGUCAGUGGGCAAACGUACAAAAUCAGCAGGGGAUCAAAUACUUUUUUCCCUCACUGUAGCUGUGGUUUAUUUGCAAACCUUUAGCAUCUUUAACUACUAUGAGCCCACCACAUUAGUGUCUGAAAAUAAAAUGCUCUUAACCGCUAGGCAGGUAGCCAAGCGGUUAAGAGCGAUGGGUCAGUAACCGAAAGGUCGCUGGUUCGAAUCCCCAAGCUGACUAGGUGAAAAAUCUGCCGAUGUGCCCUUGAGCAAGGUACUUGACCCUAAUUGCUCCUGUAAGUUGCUCUGGAAAAGAGACUGCUAAAUGACUAAAAUGUAAAUUGAUACAGAGCCAUCUUGUAGUCAGUGGACUCUGAAAGACGGGACAGUUCUCUUUGGAUAAGGUUAUUAGUAAUGUAAUUAAUCUGUGUGUCUCUCCCCUGUAGCAUGAAAAGGGACAGGGGGUGAUCGAGGAGAAUGAGGUGUACAGCAACACGCUGGCAGGAGUGUGGGUGACCACAGGAAGCACACCUGUCCUCAGGAGGAACAGGAUACACAGUGGGAAACAGGUACGGAGAUGGAGAGACCAGUCUGUCUAUUCAGAUGGCUCUAUGGGUCACUCAUCUCUCACAUAUGAAUUUAAUGAAAUUUGACAAUAACCUGCAAACUAAACACUUCCCUUGUCAUACAGGUUGGCGUCUACUUCUACGACAACGGCCAUGGAGUGUUGGAGGACAAUGAUAUCUACAACCACAUGUACUCCGGAGUUCAAAUCAGGUCAGUGAGAGAGCUGGAACUCAAAAUGAAUGGCCAACCAUACAAUGGGAUCUAAUGGCAACCUGUGUAGAUCAUGUAGUGCAUGUUGUAAUAUAUCACAGUGCUAUGCUUUCUUGUUAUAGCACUAUUGAUUUUUUAAAUAUUCUUUAUUAUAUGCAUUGAUUGAUUGCUGGUUAAUGUUUCCCACUGUAACAGAACUGGCAGCAAUCCCAAAAUCAGACGGAACAAGAUCUGGGGAGGUCAAAAUGGAGGCAUUCUGGUUUACAACUCAGGUGAGAAACCAUCAUCUAUAAUUCUUUCUUUAUCCAUCCAUUCUCCUCUCGCACAGCUUGAUCUUGUGUACCUUUCUACAUUUUAAAUUCAUGUGCGGAACAGUGAAGACACCCUGGACUCACAGGUUCUGAGUGAAGUGGACCCAUCAAAUUCCAGUGUCACUCAAAUGCUCCCUCAUGAACCCUCUAACCAUGAUAAAUGAAAGGGAGACCUCUUGGCUGAUAUCUUGACUCUGUUUCAGGUUUGGGCUUCAUCGAGGACAAUGAGAUCUUUGACAACGCUAUGGCAGGGGUGUGGAUAAAGACUGACAGCAACCCCACCCUCCGAAGGAAUAAGAUCCACGACGGGAGAGACGGAGGGAUCUGUAUAUUCAACGGAGGACGAGGUUUACUGGAGGAGAACGAUAUCUUCAGGAACGCCCAGGCAGGAGUCCUCAUCAGCACCAACAGCCAUCCCAUCCUGAGGAAGAACAGGAUAUUUGACGGCUUUGCUGCAGGUGGGCAACGCUAUGCUAGAAAGCAGGGUUCAAUCCAGGUCGUGUUCAUUAGGCACCAUAUGGUGGAAAGCAGAAUGAAACGAGAGGGAGGGACUACCUGGAUUUGUCCGAUAAGAAAUUCUAAUUUUCUGUUGCAAAAAAAGUUUCCCCAUUGUGUGCCCUAAUGAACACGACCGAGCAGUAUUUUGCUUUGAGUCCUUUUGAUUAAUAGUAGACAGUCAUUUGUAAAUGUUAAUUGUAGACAGAGUGAGGCCCAAUCCAAAAUGGAGCCCUAUGCGCUUGUGGAGAUCAAAGAUAAUUUGACCAGUGUAAGCAAUAUGGGAAUAGCUCCACCUUGCUAGGCUAUGUGGAAGUUUCACCAUGUUGCUUAUACCAAUCAAAUCCUCUUAGAUCUCCAAAAGUGCAUAGGGCUUCGGGUCCAUUUGGGAAUGGGCCUGAAUCUCCACGCUGAUCCUGACCCGUCUCUGUCCACUAGGUAUUGAGAUCACGAAUCAUGCCACGGCAACCCUGGAAGGCAAUCAGAUCUUCAAUAACCGCUUUGGAGGAUUGUUUCUCGCAUCUGGUGUCAACGUUACAAUGAAAGGUAAAGUGAAGGACAAUGUGUCACCAUGAUGUGAUUUGUGGAUGUUUUAUUCCAGGAAUCUAGCAUUGUAGGAUCAACUUACAUCAGUUAUUCUAUUUUUCAAAAUGGAAUUAUCUUAAAUUGCCUCUUCAUGACUUUUUCUUAUCUGUACCUGGUCUGAUCCAACCACACCUGUCCUCCUGUCUCCCCCAGAUAACAAAAUAAUGAACAAUCAAGAUGCCAUUGAAAAAGCUGUGAGCAGAGGUCAGUGCCUGUACAAGAUUUCAAGUUACACCAGCUAUCCAAUGCACGAUUUUUACAGGUAAUAAUUUCUUACCAUAUAUAUCUAACUUAAACCAGUGGGGUUUUCCAGAAAGCAGGAUUAUUAAGUUAGCCAUUUCAACUUUGAUAAACAGCCACAUAUAACUCUUGACUUUCUGGUUGAAUUGAGAAUGCUAUGUUCUAUAUUUCUCAAAGAAAACGUUAUUUCAAGCAAUGUUGGACAGUUAGCUGGCUAACUCAUUGAUCCAGCUUUCUGCAACAGGCCCCACCUGUCCACUUUAAUCGAUGUAACCUCCAACUCUUUCGGCUCAUCACCUGUUUCUUUGUUCUGUCCCUCCGUCUGGUCAGGUGUCACACCUGUAACACAACAGACCGCAACGCCAUCUGUGUGAACUGCAUCAAGAAGUGCCACCAGGGGCACGACGUCGAGUUCAUUAGGCAUGAUAGGUAUGUUACUAUUCUCUUGUUAAUGAGACCCAUACACACACGCACUGUAUAUUACAGCAAUACUUCAUGCUAAAUGACUUUCCAGGUAUUCAAAUGAUAUCUGGUUUUAUGUUGCAGAACCUCUUCCUCCUGUGCCAAAUGAAAUGUUGCAUUCAAAUCUGUUAGUAUAUCGUCAGUAAUUGACUUUAAGAUAAUUAUGCUGGAAAUGACAUGACGUGAAAGACGAAACUAUCAGCUGAUCAAGUAGCAACUGAAAUACUAGCAGAUAUCCAGUUGGAUCUGUAGAUAACAAAAAUAAUUGAUUUUGUCUUGGCUGUAGAUUUUUCUGUGACUGUGGAGCCGGGACGUUGUCAAACCCCUGCACACUAGCCGGAGAGCCCACGCACGACACAGACACACUGUACGACUCAGCCCCUCCUAUA